CCUCCACUGGCUUUCAGCACAACUCCUUCAAAAUGUUCUGGACAGGCAACAGGAUCUUUACUACCUCACAGACACACAGAAGUGUGUUUAUGACUCCGUCUGCCAGACACAAAAUUCUAUCUGGAUGUCGGUGGAAUUCUGGACCAAAGAAUAUGCUGUAAACUUCAGCUCUCCUGUUUACUGCUCAGAGCGGAGAUUCUGCUAUCUCUGAAGAGAUUAAAAACAAUGAAGAUGUUUUGUGUUGUUUAGCUGCUUAGGGAGCCGUAAGCCAUAAAACCGUUAGAGCUGAGCUGAGGCACUGUACUAGAAUGGGAGGAAAGAAAUCGAAGGCAGCCACAAGCAAGGACGUAAAACUUGUAGGAAGAAAGAAUACAGCAUGUGAGGAAACCCUGACAUCAUCCGACAGGAUUCGCAAGCACAUUGUGAUGCAAUUUGGUUACAAUGUGCUGAGCUUCGCUCGACAAGUCCUUCAGAACCUGGUGGUACUUAACCUGUGGGGUAACCAGCUCACCAGUCUGCCCCCUGAGAUUGGGCAACUCAGGAACCUAAAGGUACUCUUUGCAUACCACAAUCACCUAACAGAUAUCCCUGAGGAGCUUGGCUCUUGUACCAAUUUGGAAGUCUUGAGUUUGGCAAACAACCAGCUUGCAAGUCUCCCAGAUAGUCUGACUGCUCUCACGAACCUGCAGAAGCUCAACCUAAGCCACAACAAUAUUGUGUAUAUCCCAGCAUGUGUCUAUUCCAUGAAAAAGUUGGUCUUCUUGCAUGUGGCCUGCAAUAGGUUGGAGAACAUUGCAGAACAUAUCCAAGCACUGGCUGAUCUAAAGAUCCUCAUUGUGGAAGAGAACUGUAUUCACUGUCUGCCGAAGAUGCUUUGCUAUCUAACAAAGUUAGAAUUGCUCAAUGUGGAUUAUAAUGACAUUCAGAAUGUUCCUGCUGAAAUGCACCAACUGAACAGGCUGCAGAAACUAGCUUCACAUCCACUGGAUAAAGGACUCCAUAUCAUGCAUAACCCUCUGCUCAAGCCAAUUAAAGAGGUGUUAGAUGGAGGACUCCAAGCUCUUUAUAACUAUCUCAAGGGCAACUGAAAUAGUGAGCCAAGAAAGAUUAAGUAGUCUAUUUGAUUAUUUGGACUAUUUUCCCUUUAGUGACAGUCAUAUCUAUUUUUGAAUCCAUAAUUUUCUUUAGGUUGAUGUUAACUAAUGGAGUUUUCCUUAGCUUUAUUAAGAACACAACAAAAAAUACAGUUAUAACCUAGCUAAUGUCUAUAUAAGGAUGACAACAUUUGAGAAACGUCAAGGCAUUCAAAAAGUUGAAAAUAAAACAGAAAUGUACAAUUACUAUUCUUAAUGCUGUAGGGACUAAUGGUAGAAGCAAAAGAACAUAAACAGAUGACGUAGACCUUCUGUCAAAGAGGAGAACGACUGGGUUAUUAAAGCGUAAAAAGAUCCCUCUGAGUAUGUGAAGGUUGCUGAUACUGAAUUCUUUUCAUUCUGCAGUGCCAGGACUUGAGGGCAUGUUUAAGGUUCCCAGGAGCAUGUUAAACAAAGGGCACCAGCUUGGCAGUUGUGCUAAACAAGCAUUGGACUUCUUCUCCUUUUGUGCAACACCGAGUUCAUUUGGAACUGUCUUUAAACCUGCUGACUCAGUCACGUUGACCCUUGUUGUCCACAAUCUUUUCUUGAAAGCCCCAAGAGAAGAAGACUUGCAAUUAUACCUGGCCUCUACCAUUUUCUACAAGUGUUGAUCGUGCAUUGGAGUGCAAAGCAGAGACAUUUCAAUUACUACAAAAGAAAGGUCAGUGGUGCAUCCUGUUGAAAAGUACAGGAUGGAAGGGCAUUUUUAUUGGAAGGGCAUUGGGCUUAUUUUUCUGAACGUUAUGUACUAUACAAUUCUAGCAACAACACAAAAAAAGUAAUGAGCAUAGCUUUAAAUAUUAAUCCUUUUUAUCUAUUUCUGGCACAGAUAUAGUGAAUAUACUUGUGUGUUAUAAACAAAUGGCUUUUGCACUCACAAUGUAAUUUUUCUAAUGUAGAACACAGUGUACAGUGACAAAGGUUGUAUUCAAUUAAUCAGUUCAGUGAUUUAUUGAGAGUUAACUGUUAACAGAUUAUUUUACUCAGAAAUAUCAUUGAAUGUUAUUUACUGAAUGUCCUUACAAAAUUUUGUUCAAUUUGUAUUAAUUUAAGGUUGCACUGCUUUCCAUUAUUCUCUUUAGUCCUCAUAAUCUUUUCUUUUACUGAAGAGGCUUGAACCUUGUUUUUUUCUUACUCCAAGGUGAUUUUUAUUGCAAUUUCUAUUACAUUUUCAAAAACUAAUAUGAAUUUUCACCAAAUACACUGUAACUGAUUGCAGUUCAUCCAGCUUGGGCUUAUAUAUAUAUGACAUAUACUGUAUAUAUAUAAUGUACAUAUGUAAUAUAUGAAAUAUAUAUAUUUCAUCAUUUAC